UCCCAUUGACAACGUUAACGUCACAUUAUUGCUUCUGUUCGAAGAGAGCAGCAAACAGGAGCAAAAAUGCCGCGCUUCAAUUUCGAUUCUUACAUUUCCAAGAACUCGUUGCAUGAUUUUAGUUCAUUGCAUGAUCUAGAUCCGCAAGCAGAUUGGGAAGAUAAGCACAAGACAGAGAUCACAGAUGGGGAGCGACCUGUUGAAACUAUUGCAUCUACAACAUCUUCUGACAUUGAUAGGCAGCUUGUUUCAGAAAUCAAUGCUUUGACCGGAGGUGAAUAUACAUUAGAAGAUCUCGGUCUAAUGCCAGCAUAUCAGCAGUAUGAGGAGGAGCAAAACGAUACAUUUCAAGAACAAGGAGAAGGGUUCAAUAAUCUAGAAAACAUGGAUGUGGAAAUUACAGAGCAAACAAGUAAAGAUUCCAUUGAAACUAAUCAAUCAGCAAAUCAACAAAAAGUAAAGCUUGAAAGUCCUAGGCCUGCAAAAAAGAUGACAACUAGUGCGGCCGUAGCAGCGCCACUUACACUUAAGAUGGCAGAUGACAACACAGAUCAUUUUGAUAUCACACACUCCCAUAAUACCAAGAUGGGACCAGAAAACCAUAUUGGACAAAUGACUGAUGGUGGUAUGUUUAAUAGUACCGAGGGUGGAAUGUUUCAUAGAACCAAUAGUGAAAAGUAUGCAAGUCCAAAUCCGAUUAAACUCGGUAUCGACCAGCACGCAACAUCUUUAAUCUAUACCGAUAGCAGAAAUGUUCUUCAUCCUGUAAGGAAUACGAAUGAAAUCAAGAAUUUAAUUUCUGUAUCGAAACCAGAAGUUAUGGCUCCUUUACCAAAUGAAGUGGAAGAAGCAUUAGGUAGAUUAAAGAAUAUACCCGCCCAACAAGUUUCGCAUUUUGCACAUCUUGGAGAUUACGUCCGCCAUCUGCAGGCCAAUGAAAGAAUAUGCGAUGUAACCGUCCACAUCGGUACUGUAAAGUAUGCAGCGCAUCGCAUAUGUCUCGCAUGCUACAGCGACUACUUCGCCGAUAUCUUUUACAGCAGAGGCGAGAAACAGCGUGUCCCACUUACUGUCAGACUAAAAGGUAUUAAACCAAUUGCUUUCGAAAUCUUACUUAAAUACAUUUACACCGGAAUAUUAGAUGUCUACCCAGAUGUCGUGGGUGAUUUGAUGACUAUGGCAGAAAGUCUACGAAUCCCAAUGGUGAAGACCCGUGUCAUUGAUCAUUUAGAAUGCCUUCCAUUAGCAGAGGCACUCGCCAUCUUGAUGAAAGAGAAAAUAUUCGGACCAUUAUAUGAAAGGGUGAUGGUCGCUGUUUGCGAGCAGUUUAAUACAUUCAGACACGAAGGGGUGUUUCUAGAAAUAGACUUUGAAACAUUGGUCACUAUUCUAAGUAGUGACAAUCUUAACAUAACCUCAGAAUUAGAUGUCUUUGGAGCAGCUAUACGCUGGAUUGCACAUAACAUAAUGCACAGAAAGCAAUACCUUAUAAGGCUGAUGCACUGCGUGCGCUUUGCUUUCAUGACCCCGACAGAAAUCUUCCACUGUAACGAAAGAACAGAUAUAUUGAAAGGAGAUAACCAAUGCAAGAUGAUGUUACUGGAAGCCCUUUGGAUUGCAACUGCCAAGAUGCUAUGCAAAGAAGACCCAUACAAUUUUGCGGUACCAAAACAACGUAUUGCUACCAUGCACCAACCAUUAGUUAUUCGGCCUGUACAGAAACAAGAAAUAGCCCAAGAAAUACAUCAGUCAGUAGCACCCAUGCAGACCCCUAAAAAGCAGAGUGCUGGCUAUUCACGGAAAGUAGAUGUAGAGGUACAGUCCCCAAUUAUGACACCACGUUACCAAAGUUCUGAGCCAGCAGACGAUACUCAGCAACCAUUACAGGAUGUCAUUGUGAUUGGAGGAUUUAACCCAUCAUCAAGCAGAGCAGCCGUUUCUGCUAAGGGUAUUGAAAGAUACGAUAAGAGUAACAAUGCAUGGAAACAUUACUCCGAGUUACCAGAGCCUCGUCUUCAUUAUGCUGUAACAAUAUUGAAUGGAAAGAUAUACGUAACAGGUGGAAUCGAUCCAAGAAUGCACAUUAAAAACCCAAUACCAUCAACUGAUUCCUUUGUAUACGAUAUCAAAUGCAAUGCCUGGAUUAAAAUCAUGCCGAUGAAUACGGCUAGGAUGUACCACUCAUUAUGCUCUCUGUGUGGAAUGGUGUACGCUAUUGGUGGACAGGAUGGCGAUAACAGUGUAUUGAAUACAGUAGAAUGUUAUAAUCCAAUGACCGAUAACUGGUUCUUUGUCAAAUCAAUGUCAACAGCGAGGCUGGGCGCUGCAGUUGGAAACCUUGAUGGUCAAAUGUUUGUAACAGGAGGAUAUGGUGAAAAUAUCAGCAGAAAGUCUGGAAUGCCUGUUCUUGACACCGUAGAAAGUUUCGAUCCAAGAAAAAACCUAUGGACCGUACACAACAAUCUUCGGUUUCCCCGUUGUCAUGGUAAUAUUGUCACUAUUAACGGAGUUAUGUAUCUUUGCGGUGGAGCCACUCGAUCUUAUACAAGCAUGGACUCUGUGAUCAGCAGUGUCUCUAGUAUCGAUGUAUACAACAAAGAACACGAUGUUUGGGAAUUUUGCUCUGAUAUGGUAGUAUCCAGACAUGAUGCUGCUGUUGCUGCCGUUGGUGACCUUAUAUACAUAAUUGGAGGUGCAUCCACCCAGUCUAACAGAAUUUUGAGAUCAGUCGAAUGUUUUGAUACUUCAACAAAAUCAUGGGUUCCUGGAGUUCAAGAUUUGCCUUAUCCAUCGAAAUGGAUACGAAGUCUGGCCAUUGUAAGCAAGUAAAGCGAAGAGUAAAUUGUCCGAAGAAGAUGUUAUAGAAACUGAACUGAAUGAUCUCCUAGUUAGAAUUGUAAAUGAUAUAAAAUAAAUAUAUAUGCAUUUUCAA